GGCAUUUCAGUUGGUCAAGUUCAUGUUGAUUUCUUAUUGCUUCGUGUGUUGUGCAACAAUAAGAUGGAAAAAUUGAUAAAAGUUUUGUUCCUUUUAUUCCUAAUAAAUCCACAAAUAAUAAAUUCUAGAAAAAUGAGAGCAAGUCUUCAAAUUGGCGACGACUGUAAGAUUCCAAACCAAAAGAGUACGAGAGGAAUUUGCAUUAAACGACAAGACUGUGCCGAUUAUGAAGAACUGUUUAAUGUCACUGACCUAGGUGUUGAACGGUUAAGCUUCGUGCUGCGCUUAAAUUGUGGUUUUGAUAAAGAAAGCUGGAAGUCCUUAGUUUGUUGCCCUAAACCUGGGAAUACUUAUAAAAAACCUGAUCUAGACGUUGACCUGGAGAGCGCAAUUGUGAGAGAGCCUGAGAAAAAUGAGACUCAAGAGACAAAUGUUGAUUUAGACAAUCGCUUUGGAGAGGGAAAUGGAUUAAUGCCGAAGAGAAAAUGCGGCAUGCAAGCAUUUGAUGAUCGAAUUGUUGGUGGAGAGUUGUGUGAAAUUGAUGAGUUUCCAUGGGCUGCAUUAUUGCUUUACGAGUCCAAAUCAUCAAAUCUAACUCUCAAUGCAUGUGGUGGUGCCUUAAUUCAUUCUAGAUACGUAUUGACUGCAGGUCACUGCGUCAAAGGAGAAACAAUAGAAAAAGCAGUUACUCUCAAAUAUGCUCGCAUGGGUGAAUAUGAUCUCACAACAGACAAGGAUUGUAUACAGUAUGAAGAUGAAGAGAAUUUAGACUGUGCACCACCUCCAGUUGAUUAUGAAAUUAAUGAAAUUAUCCCACAUCCCAGUUACGAUCCAAAGAAUCCAUCAAAACACCAUGACUUAGCAUUGCUACGACUAAAAGAGACUGUCAAGUAUAACGAAUUCGCAGUGCCAAUUUGUUUGCCUACAAAAGAAUUCAGUAAAGGUUUAGUUCCCGGUUAUGUGCAGACAGUCUGUGGUUGGGGAAAGACUGAUUAUUUUAGAUCAAAAUAUGGCUCAAAACUCGUACAGAGUCCAAUAAAACUGAAAGUAUCCCUUCCUUAUGUCGACAAGGUCAAUUGUACGAAGAAGUAUUUCGAUGGAGGAAUCAAGCUGAGUCCGAGUCAAAUAUGUGCGGGUGGGCAGAAGGCUAAGGACUCAUGUUCUGGCGACUCCGGAUCACCGUUAAUGUACUUCGACAACAAAAAAUUUCAAUGGGUAUUGACAGGAAUUGUAAGCUUCGGACAAAAGCGAUGUGGCACUGAGGGUUAUCCAGCUGUUUACGUCAAUGUCACAAACUAUUUGCCAUGGAUUGAACACACCAUUAGUGCUCGUGGUGAUGACGAGGAGGUUACAUUGAGUUUUACGUAA